AUGAAUGCUAUGAACUUGGUGAAGAUAUCUAAAGAACAACUACAUGCCAUGCGGGAUGGUGGGUGGAAUAGUCUUAUGAAUGAUAUUUCUGCUUUUUGUGCUAAAACUAAUAUUGCAGUUCCUGAAAUGAUGUCUCCAUAUGUACCACUUGGACGAGGAAGACGUAAUCUACAAGAAGAGACAAAUCUACAUCAUUUUCAAGUUGGUUUGUUCAACAAUGUCAUUGAUAUGAAAAUUGCAGCCCUUAAUGACCGGUAUGAUGAAGUGAACACCGAGUUGCUUCUUUGCAUGUCGCAUUUGAAUCCAAGAGAGAAUUUUUCAGCUUUUGAAAAAGGUGCGUUAAUUCGUCUUGCUAAACUAUAUCCAUCUGAUUUUUCUGAAAUGGAUCUCAUGAUUCUUGAACGGAAACUAGACACCUUUCUUCGUGAUGUGCUUUCUAGUAACAAAUUUUUUGAGUUGGUUGGAAUCAGUGGGCUUGCCAAGAAAAUGGUUGAGACCAAAAAAGAUAUAACAUAUCCUCUUGUUUACUUGUUGAUUAAAUUGUCUUUGAUAUUUCCGGUUGCUACCGCUACCGUUGAGAGAGUGUUUUCCGCUAUGAAGAUAGUGAAUAAUCGUUUGCAAAGUCGUAUCGGUGAUGAGUAUAUGAAUAACUGUUUACUCACAUAUAUUGAAUGA